AUGGUGGUGUCAGAAGAGAAAGUACCAAUGGAAGGUGAUGUUUCAAGCAAGAAGGCGGCGAAGAAAGCAGCGAAGGCAGCUGAAAAACAGCUAAAGAAGGCGGAACAUAAGGGCCCGAUACAAGCUCCAAAUGACGAGCCUGACAUAUCUGAGGGCAAAUAUGGAACAUACAAGCUGAUUCAAUCGGAUGGGUCAUAUGUGGAAAGAGAGUAUGUUGAUGUAAAGGAUUUGUGUGAGAAGUUCGCUGGACAAAAUGUUUGGGUCCGAGCUCGUCUCCAAACAUCAAGAGCGAAAGGCAAGCAAUGUUUUGCCGUAUUGAGACAGAAUAGUGCGACUAUUCAACUGCUGAUCAGCGUCAAUGAUGAGAAGAGAGUCAGCAAGCAAAUGGUCAAAUUUACUGGCAACAUCUCCAAAGAGUCCAUAGUAGACGUUCAAGCGACAGUGGUGAAGACCGCCUCACCAAUUGAAUCGUGUACGAUAAAGGGUUAUGAGUUAUUCGCUUCUGAAAUUUGGAUUGUGUCAGCGGCGAAGACUCAGUUACCGUUGCAAGUUGAAGACGCGGCGAGACCGGAAACGGAUGAUCCGGAAGCCCUAAAAAUCCGUGUGAACCAAGACACGAGGCUAGACAAUCGAAUCUUGGACCUUCGUACUCCGGCUAACCAAGCCAUAUUCAGACUCGAGGCUGGUGUGUGCCGUCUCUUCAGGGAUAUACUCACUAAGAAAGGUUUUGUUGAAAUUCACACGCCCAAGAUCAUCUCGGCCGCGUCUGAGGGCGGGGCCAACGUGUUCACAGUGUCUUACUUCAAGUCCAACGCGUAUUUGGCACAAAGCCCACAGCUGUAUAAGCAAAUGGCUAUAGCAGCUGAUUUUGACAAGGUGUUCACAAUUGGUGCGGUGUUUCGUGCCGAGGACUCGAACACCCACCGUCAUUUGACGGAGUUCGUCGGCCUCGACAUUGAAAUGUCCUUCAAGCACCAUUACCACGAGGUCAUGGAGACCAUCGGUCAGACAUUUACGGACAUUUUUAGAGGAUUGCAGGACGAAUUCUCAGCAGAAAUCUUAACCGUGGGUCAACAGUUCAAAGUUGAACCGUUUAAGUUCCUGGACCCACCUUUGCGGCUGGAGUUCCCCCAAGCCAUACAGAUGUUGAAGGAGGCUGGUGUAACAGUGGGUGAGGAGGACGACUUAUCGACGCCAGACGAGAAACUUCUAGGGCGUCUUGUUAAGGCGAAAUAUGACACAGACUUCUAUAUUUUGGACAAGUACCCGUUGGCUGUUCGGCCAUUUUACACUAUGCCUGAUCCUAAUAAUGAGAAAGCCUCCAACUCCUACGAUAUGUUCAUGAGGGGUGAGGAAAUACUAAGCGGGGCUCAGAGGAUUCAUGAUCCUGAGUUCUUGACGAAGCGCGCCCUGCAUCAUGGUAUAGAUAUCACAAAAAUCGCGGCAUAUAUAGAGUCGUUCAGCUUCGGAUGUCCACCUCACGCUGGUGGUGGGAUUGGCUUGGAACGAGUUGUCAUGUUAUACCUCGGAUUGGACAACAUAAGGAAGACAUCAAUGUUCCCACGUGACCCUAAGAGGGUCACUCCUUAA